CCAAAGUAUUACUUUUGGCACAGCUGAAGCACGACGGCACCGAAUCUGGGACAGAAGCAGAAGACGAAAAAGCCGCACGUCUUGAAUAUCGGACAUUAUCAGCCGGAAAUCCUCAAAGCAUUGAUGGGGAACCAAAGCAGACUGUUUUAGGGCCUGCUGACUAUGAUGGCAGAUAUAACUCACUAUUGCAUAUUACACAACAGCAAUCUACCAGACACAACUCACGCCUACCUUGCAACAGCUAUUUUCAACCACAUCAACAACAACAACAACACAUUUGUCAGAGCAACAAUUACUACAGCAGCAAGAACAACAGCAACAACAACAACAACAACAGCAUCAGCUGCAGCGAUCAGAUUACACAACAACUAUGGAAAGAUCAUUAAUCAUAGAAGAAGAUGUAAAAAUGGAAGAGCUGCAGUUGUCUGAAGACGAGUGCCAAAAGGAGAAUCAACUAGAACAACUGCAGCCGCAAGAAAUAGAGGAACAGCAGGCCAUGCUGCAGCCACAUUCUCACGAUCAUAAUCAUCAUCAUUCUCAAGAAGAAGAGCAACAACAACAGCAACAAUAUCAGUGUGAUCCAAAACGUCUGGAUGUAUUAUCGUCGGAGAACAAAAUAGUAAUUCCAACUUCAUCCUCCUCACUGGAAUUAAUAGAAGUAGCGCCAGCUGUUUCACCUCAGCCAACAUUAAACCCACAGGCAGCCCUUCCUUCAACAAUACACCCAUUGUCUUUACACAAAGAUACACAGCUUUCCAUAUCACCGUCUUUGUCAUUGAAUUCCGAAGGAGGAGAACAAGAAAACACACACCAACAACAGCAUACACCAUCAACAGCACCACAGCAACGGAAGCAACUAGAAAAUAAUGAAGAAGGAACUGGGUCAGGAGCAGCUAAAAAAUUAGACCAGGAGUACAGUGUGUCCGAUAACGCUGUUGAAACGACUGAACCACCCUUAAAUCAAGUCACUAUGAGCACCUGUUUGAAUAACUCCGUCAACUCUGAAACUGCCAUGAACCUGUCCAAUUCGAUUUCUAUAUCUGCAGAUGUUUCUGACUCUAAUACUAAUAUUGCUGUCGCUGAAGACUUAAUUGGUCCAGAACCAAUCAGCAUUGACAGACCUAAUGAGCUCACAUCUUUGGCAGAGGAAGCUGAUGCAGCCAUGACAACGAGAAGCCCAGAUGACAUUAAUGGGGACCAGAGCCUACCUGUUCCUCUUGAAUCUCAAAGUCCUGUAUCGAUGGUGACUGCUACAUCACCGUCGGUCGUUGUUGACCAGCACAGCUCUGAGGAAGAGCUUGAAUGUAUAAACCAGGAGAACAGUCACCCGGAGAAGAGGAAGUGGUCACAGAGCAACAACAACAGCUGUUGUUUUACAGACAGUGCCGGAUCUUCUGAUGAGGAGGUGAAGGAGUUCAUGCUUGAUCCAAAACCGAUUCUAUUCAGCUCCGCUCCGCCCUCGGGGAUCCAGAAGGUAAUGAGAUCAUCGUCAGCCAAUUUUCUGGUACCGAAUGGACCACCCCUUAGUAUUUGUGCUAUUUCACCAAGAAAAAGGCAUCGUUUAAAUUCGUCCUCUGAUUCUCUUGAUUUGGAGAACAUUUCUGUAAUUCAGAGACCAUGUCUUGACUUUGAGAAAAUGCAGAAAACAUUGAUGCGAAAGCAUACAUCACAUAGUGUCAGCCGUGCAAAGAUUGUGAAAAUCAAGACAAUCAGUGGUAAUGGCACCAGUUCCAAAUGUUGGUUUGACCCCGCUGUGUGUUCGUUCCGAUCAAUCAGCACGGCAUACAGUCCUUUGCCCCCAGUAGAAGAACCAUCUUGUGCUUACUGAAGAACACCAGAUGGAUUAUCUUGUAACUUGCUGCUGCUGCUGCCACUGCUGCUGCUGCCACUGAUGCUUUACUGACUGAGAGUGUUUCAAACCAAGGAUCAAGGCUGAAGGGAUCAUUGAUCAUUGUGACCAGUUUUUAUGUAAAGGGGGUGGGAAGGGGAAGAAGUGUAUGUGCGGGGGGUGGGGGUGUUUUGGAGGGUUUGGUUUGGGGUGAUGAUUGGAAAGGCGAUAAUGAGGAUGAAUAUGAGGAAGGAGGUGAUGGAGGAGAGGGUAGUGUAAUUUAUGUCUUCAAAGGUGAAGGUGUAGCUACCCUCCUCUUAUGUCAAAGGUGUAUACUCCUGAGAAGAAAUGAGAAAAGAAAGGAAGGAGGAAAGAAUGAAAAGAAAAUACCUCUGCAAGUUACUACUGCUACUACUAAUACUUAUUGCCUGUAGUAGUAAUCUUAUCAUUAUUAUUAUUGUUAGUAGUAGUAACUAUUAUUUGCUGACUUUGACCUAAAUUCAAGAACAAUAAUUGAGACAAAGGACUUAAAGAUAAGUGUAUAUAAACACACACAUAUAUAUAUAUAUAUAUAUAUAUAUAAUAUAUAUAUAUAUAUAUAUAUAUAUAUAUAUAUAUAUAUAAACAUAUAUAUAUAUAUAUAUAUAUCAUAAUUAUAAUAUAAAUAUAUGUGUAUGUGUUUCCAAAUGAGGGAAAUGACAUGUCCAAUACAAACUGAUUGAUCAGAAUAUAUAUACAUAUACAUGCAUAUUACACACACACACUAACACAUUUACACAUACUCAAAUAUGUAUGCACAUAUACAUAUGCAUAUAUAUAUAUAUAUAUAUAUAUAUAUAUAUAAAUAUUGUAUGAAUGUGCUAUCAAGAGCCAUAACGCCCACCCACUUACCUACACUAUACAAAAAGAAAAAAAUUGAAGAAAACUUUAAAAUUUAGGCUGUGUAAAAAGUAUGAGGGGGAAAAGAAAGAGAGAGAAAAGAAGGAGAAGGAAACAGAUGGAGAGUACAGUGAGAAGUGGGGAGAGGAGAAGGAAAGAAAAAAAGUUUUAAAUUAAACAAGGGGGACAAAUCAAAUAUAAAGUGAUAUCUUUGUGAAACCUGGCUAUUUAGCUCUCUUUCAUUCGACUUCUAUGCGUACAUAUAUAAUUAAAUAUGUGGAGAAGUAUGUAUGUAUAUAUAUAUAUAUAUAUAUAUAUAUAUAUAUAUAUAUAUAUGUAUAUGUAUGUAUGCAUGUAUGUAUGUGUGUAUAUAUUUAUGUUUGUCAUAUCUAAAGGUAAACAGGAUAGAAUACCGUAAUCAAGGACCAUUUCAUUCAGUUGGCCUUUUUUGGUCAACUCCACUCAUAAACUGAA